AUGAAGAGAGAACGUCGAACGCUAUCUGUCCCUUCGGUGAGUUUCCCAGACGAGGGCAGCAGAGGUCCCGGUGGCAGCAUGAUAGACUCGAGUGGGUUUUUGGGGACUCCACCUCCACAGGGCACCGGAGCUAGCAGCGGCGCGGGGUGGGCUCCGCAACAACAGCAACCAUCUAUUUCUUCACAAUCUCUGGGGAAGCCUCCAAAUUUUAAUCGGUCUCGCUCUGCUUCCACUUCUUCGCUAUCGACGCCAACGGCUGCUACGCCGGUGCCUGGUGCUGUUGCUGUUGCGAAGAAGAAGACGGUAACAGCUUGCCAGCGUUGUCGUACCAGGAAAAUCCGCUGUGAUGGAGCUUUGCCCGCUUGUAAAAGUUGUGUUAAGGCAGGAGUCGACUGUAUUGAGGUGGAUAGGACCGGGGAUAAUAAUAUGCCACGGAGGUGAGAAAAAUGCUUUUAUAUUGUGUCUCAGGGUUUCUGAUGCCCCAGCGAGGUGUUUGCGGGAAAAUGGAAUCUGAAGGCUGAUAUGUGUCGUUAUUAAUCCACUGCUUCGAUUAAAAAAUUUAGUCAUGUACUUGAGCUCGAAAACAGGAUCAAAUGGUUGGAAGAUGUCGUUCGUACUCGGGCACCCGAUGUGGACCUACAGGCAGGACCACCGGUGGAGCUAAGAUCAAGGCCUUCACCUCCUGCCAUUCGAAUUGUAACCACAGGGCCUGAUUUUCACCCCCCGCCUUCGUCGAUGAGUUCGACCUCGUCCCCUUCAUUCGCUCUGUCUCCAGCCUCAACGUGUGCGACACCGGCGUCUUUCGACUUUUCUCCUGUCCCGUCACCCAAUUACCUAGCUCCCGUGAGCCCGUAUACCUUCUCCGAUGGUCCAUCACCUUCGCCUAGCUCGGCACCCUCAAGCCCAUUACUUGCCUCCAGUCCACUGUUUCAACCCCAGGAUCCAGUGUCUCAAGAUGUGGGGUUGCUGUCACUUUCAGCCUUCGAGGAGCCAAAAUACGUUGGAUCCUCUUCGAGUGUUUCAUUUGCCCGGUUAGUCUUCCAAGGUGCUUCAAGCGGCGAGUUGAGACAGCCCGAAUUCGAUCAGGGGGAUAGAGACGUCAAGUCCAGUUUGGCCUGGCCAGGGCUAGAUUCUAAGCCCGCUGCGCUUCCAAAUACGGAUGAGUGUGUUACCCUAUCAUCGACCUACUUUACCACGGUAGCCUUACAAUAUCCGUUUCUGCACCGCCAGACAUUCGAUGCUUGCCUUGAUGCCACCUAUCAUGCCGAGAACGGAGUUGUUCGUCACCUCCCGCCCGGGUAUACGGCCACAGUUGCGCGUUUCCAUGUAUUCAUGGUGUUGUCCAUUGGCGCCAAUAUCCUCUCGGGACGGGGCAGAGCUAGUCGGAGCAUGGCGUCAGAUUCGGAAGGAUAUUUUGCGAGUGCCAUGCAGAUAAUCAAUGAUAUUAGCAUCACUGGGAGUCUGACGGGUGUUCAGAGCGCCUUACUUUUGGCUAUGCGGUCACUGCACGCAUCGGAAGGACUUAACCUUUGGUAUCUGAAUGCCGUCAUCAUGGCAACCUGUGUGGAUCUAGGUUUUCAACGGAAGAUCAUCUCAUAUCGCGGUCAAGACCAUGCCGGGAUUAAGAAGAGGAUAUUUUGGUGUGCGUAUGCUUUAGACAGGAAUCUCGGGAUUUCCCUGGGUAGACCGUUCUCACUGCGGGACGAAUCGUUUGACGUGGACUUUCCCGAGGAGGGGGAUAACGAUGACGAGUUGCACCAUGUGGCAUCGUUACCGGUGGGGUCUAAUAUGUCUGGUAGCAUCGAGAAUGCCCGCGCCUCGUUCUCGGGGUCAAUCUGCCUUUUUAGGAUGAUGAAGGUUAUCAGUGGUAUUGGAACUACGAUCUACCGGGUUUCACAGCCCCAUAUUGGCCGCUGGCAGGUGGAUUUACCGGAGUGGCAGAUGGCGACACACCGGCAACUGACAGAACUUCGGGAUCAAGUAAGGCUUUCGCUUGGUGGUGUUCGGCGAGGGUCGGGGAGCAGCGGCUCACAUUUAGGCAGCGGCCAAAUGGUCGAGCUCAAAUAUCACGAGGCAGUCCAACUCCUCUUCAGGCCCUCUCCCGUGUUCCCGAAACCUACCGCAACAGCCUUGCAGCACUGUUUCUCCUCCUCGGUUGAGGUAAUCCGUAUACAAUCAAAGUUAAAACGCUACAGUGAGCUGCAGCAUUCCUGGCUGACUGUGCAAUCCAUAUUCGUUAGUGGAAUAAUGAUGCUAUUCGCCUACAAGAACUGUUGCGAAGUGCAAACCCACACAACGCACGAGGUGCUAAUGGAAGAUAUUAAUUCCUGCUCAUCACUCCUCAGCGACCUCGCAGAACGCUGGCCUAUAGCCCAACGCUCAAAAGCCCGCUUCGAGGCCCAUGCUUCUACGGUCGUAGGUCCGGCCUCGACAAACGCAUUACGCAUGUUAUCUCCGCAAGAUGGCACACGUCGUGCCUCGAACUCAAGUGUCCACUCAUCGAGGGGGUACUUUGCGGACAUGCAAUCCCAAUCGCAAUCGCAGACCCUGGAAGUCCCUAGUUUACACCAAGCGCCAACCCCAACUCCGCCACCACCACCACCACAACAGCAGUUUAGCGCACCGAAUUGGCCAAGUGGUGACCUCACCGGUGGCGGUGCUGUUGCUACCGCACAGAUGGACACUAGCUGGGUGGACACCUUCGACUGGGGAUUCGCACCCGCGGGUUUCCAGGCUCCGGGUGGUAUUGGAUUUGAUGGGCUUGAUCCUGUUGGCGAGGACAUGCUUUCUGCACUACUGAACGCUCCGCCCGGUGGGACUGGCGGUGAUACGGGGAUGUGGGGGAUGGAGCAGGGGGAUCAUGAUAGGAGGAUCUAGACAGAGGGGCAUUUAUACUAAUCUCUUCGUUGCCGUUGCUGCGGUCGUGUUUGUCCCCUUUUAUUUAGAGGGCUAGCGUUGUGUAAAAAAGGAACGCAGGUUUUUAGGCAUUCGGGUUUUAGGGAAAAUUUUCGUUUCUGAUAGAGGGGGUUGGCGUAUCUUUGGUUCGGAUUUGUAGUUUUUUUCUUUUCUUUUUUUCUUGUCCUCCAUUUCUUUCGUGCUCAUUUCCCUUUGGUUUCUUCUCCCCCUUUCAACCUAAUUUCUCUCAUCUUAGUAUCGCUAUUGUAGGAAUCGUGGAACAUGGGCGGUGUGAAGGUGCAACCUUUUCUCUCAAAUAUCCUAUUUGUUUUCUCGCUUUCUCACAUUUUUCACUCCUAACUUGGGAGGAAGGAUUGGAUGGAUAUUUGUGUCGAGUUGAGUUGCCGAGUAGAGAGGUAUUAUAUUAUACGAUGCAAGACAAUACGAUACGGCGCGGUGCUGUGGUCAAGGAAAGCUGAUGUAUUGGCUGUAUUCCGUUUGUGUAGGUUAGAAUAUCAUAUUUUGUCAAGGGUGUUGCGCUGUACGGUGCAGAGCCAUAUUCUUACGGAAUGACCGCAGCUAGUAGUGGGCAUCGGAUAUCAGUUUUUUUUUUUUCCUGUGACUAUGGCAUGAUGGAACUCUGAUCGUACCAUACAGUAUGUGGCAUCUCUAAUGAUAUCUACGCGCUCUCUCCCUAUGUAUCCUAGAAAACGUGAACACUAGCAAUCGGGCGGAUGGCCUAGGCCACCCCUAACUACCGUCAGAUCUGU